AUGGGAUAAUAAAUGCAAAAACCAAAAAGGUUAUAUUUUUACCAAAUGCUAUAAAACCAUGUCUUUUCGAACAUUAAUUCAGAACGUUUGUGUUAAAUUAAAGUGUGGAAACUCCACCAACAUUUCUUGAACCUUAAAAUUAUCAAUAAACUGAAUUCCAGAUAUGUAACCUAACAGAUAACACCUGCGACGAGGGAUUAAAUAUCAGAUGGCGGCUGAGGAGGUUCUACGGAGGCAGCGGGCGGCCCAGCACGAGGCUAUGGCAUGCGCCGUGCAGCUUCACGAGAGGAACACUCAGCUGCAGGCGGCAAUGCGUGCUGUUGACCGUGCUGUACUGACUGUGCGCGUGGAUUACGAAAUGGAGAUGGCCCGAAUGGAGAAAGUGUUAACAAGUACGCGGAAUCGCCUUGAGGCCACGCAGCAGGAGGUGGCUAUGUGGCAGGAGGAGGUGCAGUGCUGUGUUACAGCUAAUCAUGCUCUCCAGCUUCAGCUAGCGAGCUCUCAGCGGGACGCCCGAAGCCUUCUGGCUCAGCUGCACGAGCACAUCAAGGAACAAGAAGAUCUCCAAAGAAAAUAUGAAGAUGCCACUUCGUCACAUAAAGAUUUCAUGAUUACGGAGAGACAGCUGUUGAAGAUUAAUGAAAUUCUUCGUAAAAGGAUUUUUGAACUAGAAACUAUAAGCAAAAAAUAAUGUUUUUAAUUAUUAAAAAACAAUUUGCUUUUCCUGAAUUUUUUAUAGAUAUUUUGUUUUUACCCUUAUUUAAACACAAUAUAAAAUAUUUUAGUAGAAUAAAGUUUCAUUUUAAAAAAA